ACGCUGACUAGAACGUGUUUAAAAACGCUUAGAGUUAUUGUUCAUCUAAUCUUUAAGCUUUCCAGGCAUUAAAUAACAUUUAUAUAUGAUGUCUGACCGCCGAAACAACACUAAUAUUCGAUAUAAAGCUUGUUUACGAGCCGCUACUUCUCGCCUGAGGUGAGUGAACCGGUCACGUCCGAUUGAUCAUCGUGUAGUGCACAGAAUCUAGUGGACAGGAAAGGACGAGCCAAUCAGGACACGGCCAGAGUGAAUUAUUAGGACCCUCCAAAGCGGUGACGUAAGAGAUAGAGACGUCGUCGUCAUGGCGUCGACGGCGCUGCUGAGACCGGAGCUGGGUUUUUAGUUCAGAAAACAGGGCUGCGGUCGACGAGCCGUCGAGAUGGAGAGACAUGCAGGGCUGCACGGAGACGCCCCGGCAGGAAAGGGCUCGAACGCAGCGCUGCCGGUUAACAGUUUGGGUUCGAGUUGCACAACAAGCGCCACUACUAUUACUACUACUACUACAAGUGCUAAUGCUAACGCUAAUGCUAGUGCUAACGCCGCGUCUCGCGCAGACAGAGCAGAUGUUUGUGAGAUGAUGGACGCAGGCGGAAAGCUCGUCCGGGCUGGAGAUGAACCGGGGAACGGACUGGCUCCCGGGCUGCGUGAAUCUGCUGCCGGAAAUAACGACGCUCCAAACUCGAAGUUAGUAAACAAGGCGCCGAGCAGAGAGGAGCCCUGUGUGGGGACUGCAAGCGCACGGGCGGAUCUGAGAGAUCCGGAGGUCCAGGAGGAGCAGAGCAGGCUGGCGGUGUCGAAGGGCAGCAGUGUGUAUGCUGACAGUACGGCGGCCAAGGCCAAGUCCGAGUCUAAUGAAGGCACCCUGUCUCAGGGGCUGCCCAGCCUGGACUCCCUGGAGUCCUUCUCUAACCUGAACUCCUCCUGUGCCAGCUCUGAGCCUGUCAGCGAAGGUCUGGAGGAUCAGGAGAAGGGACUGGUGGUGGUCCCUCAGGGCCAACAUGGGGCAGAAGGGGGCAAAGCUCAGAGCGGCAGGGAGCGAGGCGGUGCAGGUCAGUCCAUCUACCACAUCAAGUGGAUCAGGUGGAAGGAGGAGAACACGCCUAUCAUCACCCAGAAUGAGAAUGGUCCAUGCCCUCUACUGGCUAUUAUGAAUGUGCUUCUGCUGGCCUGGAAGGUCAAGUUGCCGCCAAUGAUGGAGAUCAUAACAGCAGAGCAGCUGAUGGAGUAUCUGGGAGAUUACAUCCUUGACGCCAAACCAAAAGAGAUCUCUGAGGCUCAACGUUUGAACUACGAGCAGAACAUGAGCGACGCCAUGGCGGUCCUCCACAAGCUACAGACGGGUUUGGACGUGAAUGUGAAGUUCACAGGCGUCCGGGUGUUUGAAUACACUCCGGAGUGCAUCGUCUUCGACCUGCUCGACAUCCCGCUCUACCAUGGCUGGCUGGUUGAGCCCCAGAUGAGUGAUAUAGUGAAGGCGGUGGGGAACUGCAGUUAUAACCAGCUGGUUGAGAAGAUCAUCAGUUAUAAGCAGUCAGAGAACAGUGAGCUGGCUGGAGAAGGCUUCGUGGCGGAGCAAUUCCUUCACAGCACGGCCACGCAGCUGACCUACCACGGCCUGUGUGAGCUCACAUCCACCGUGCAGGAGGGGGAGCUGUGCGUGUUCUUCAGGAACAACCACUUCAGUACCAUGACCAAAUUCAAGGGCCAGCUGUACCUGCUGGUGACCGAUCAGGGCUUUCUGACUGAGGAGAAGGUGGUGUGGGAGAGUUUACAUAACGUGGACGGAGACGGAAACUUCUGUGAUUCAGAGUUCCAUCUGAGACCCUCGGACCCCGAGAGUGUCUACCACGGCCAGCAGGACCAGAUCGACCAGGACUACCUGAUGGCGCUGUCCCUGCAGCAGGAGCAGCAGGUGUCUGAACUGGGCUGGGAGCAGCUCCCUGAGGGUAUCAGUGAUCUGGAGCUAGCGAAGAAGCUGCAGGAGGAGGAAGAUCGCAGGGCAUCGGAGUUCUAUCAGGAGCAGGAGGAGGAGCAGGAGCAGGCUGCCGCAGCUGCACAGGCCCAGGCUCAGGCAGCAGGAGGCGCUGUGGCUGAAGGAGCGGUCGCAGCCCCGGCAGGAGGAGCAGCAGUGUGUCCCAGUCCAGGAAAGCACAGUUCUAGCACGGAGCGCAAAGCCAAGAAAGAGGCCAAGGACAAGGAGAAGUGUGCGAUCCUGUAACGGCGCUGCCGCCUGCUCACGCGCUGUCUGACUGAAACGCAGAAGGCUCGCCGUUACACACUGACUCAGAGCUGCACAAGGACUGAGGAGAGGAGAGGAGAGGAUCGGAUCCGCUGUUCCUAAGCCACUGGUGCCUGAUGCUGUUUGCUCUCUGAGCUCUGAACACACAGCAGAGUGGAUCAGGGGGACGAACUCGCACCGCGUCUCUGAUCGAGCUCGCCCGACCGACCGACCGACCGACCGACCGUCCUUCCUCCAGCCGUACGGUGCACCGCGCUUGUGUGGAGUGACCUCACGCUUCACGAUGGUGGAUUUUAUAGCCAAACGCACCAGAGGGAGAAAUAACGGCACCGAUGAUUGAUUUUUUUUUUUUCCCUUGAUUUCCAUUAUUGCAGUUGUUUAUAAGAUGUUUUAUAAGCUGUUUUAUAGCCGAUAUAUAAAUAUAAAUAUACACACUUCUUCUUAUACGCAGAGAUGCAGUUUCACAGGCAGGAUCUUUACACUGGGACUGAGAGGACACAGCAGUAGCAGGACUACAUAUCACACUGUAACAGUGUCGCACGACGUGCCGUUGAGCUUCUGAGGAUCACGCCAUGCACCAAAACCUCGGGUUCUCGAUCAGGCUGAGUGAGGGCCGGGCGAUACGGCAAAAAUCCUCCUCCUCAUCGUCAUGAUGAUAAAUGUCACAAUAAUGAGUUUUAACAAAGUGCCAGUAAAAAUCAGUGCCACAUUUUAAAGAUUGAUGAAACCCUGAGUUUUAGUUAAUGGUGAAUCUGUUGGUGCUGGUGAUCAGAUGUUUGGUGAUGUAAGUCAUAACGGAGUCUUUAACAAGCAACAAUAAGACGACUUGUUAAUAAGACGCCCUUUAACGGGUCUAAUCGCGUCUUCAGAAAACGAGCCUCGCCUCGCCGCGUCGCCCUCCGUGCAGCCAGUUUGCCAUUGGGGCGUUUAAUCCGCCUUCGUAUUGCGUCUCGCUGAGAACGAAUGUCUCCUGCAGCCACGAGUUGAAAUGUAAGAGGUUCUCAUGAUGGUGUAGAAUCUUUCUCUCUCGUCCGUGCCCCGUGUGUGUUUCAGGCCAUGUGAGAUUGUUUGUUAGAAUCCAGUGUGUGUGCAAUCCAGUCAUGCUCGGCAGCAGUCCUGACUUUUUUUUUUUUCCCCCUGAACUUUAAAGCGCGUUACGUUUCACUAGAAGCACUUCUGUCCUUCAGAGUUGCCACUUUAAUAUACUGCCACUUUUCUGAAUGGCUGCCUCAGGGCUGUUCUGGAUUGUGACGGAUAACUUUAUCCGAUUUAAGAGACGUGGGUUUUGUUUUUUGCUUGUUUAUUUUUCCUUAUUGCUUGUGCCACAGUUUGUGCUGUUUUUAUGCUCCCACUAAUUGUGCUGGGACCGUGCGUGUGUAAAUAUGUGCACCACUCCACAUAUGAUCCGUGUUACUGCCUUUUCCUGACAGACUUUUACUCUCAAGACAUUCCUGCAGGAUAUUUUCACUCACUUUGAGACACACUGAUGUUCAGAUGAGGGACUACAGGAGAGCAUCGGGUUCAAAUCCCAGUCGCGUUUUCAAUGCACCUCUGUCGACGUCCAGUUUAUUUCACUUUCACGACGACUUCGAACGGGUUGUAAUUUUCAUUUCAGACAGCUGAUCGUCACGCUGUGUCCUGAUGUUGCUGAGUGACAGCAGCUGUGAAUUAAGUUAAAUUCAGUCAGUGAGUUUUUAAGCUUCAUGAUAUGAUGAUGGAAUGUAACUGUUGGGUGUCUUGCUAGUGAACUUGGCCAUGUGGGUGUGGUGUUUUUAAUAAGAACUGGAUAACGUGAUUCAAUAAGGAAAUGGUGUUUCCGAGUCGUGAGUGGAGGUCAACAGAGGUGUUCCAAGCACAUUCAAGGAUCCUUCAUCCAUUCAAAGAUGUUCUGUAAAAAUCUUAGUAUCCGGACAUCCAGGGAAGAAUCCGUUUGUGGUUUAUCUGAAUAAAAUAUUUUGAAGUGUAGGUUUUGGGCCUGGCCCAAGCAGCCAACAUGGGGUUUGUUUCAGGUGUGUCUCUCGCAGGUAUAGACACUUUGUCUUAUACAGGCCCUUAGUGGCCAGAUGGUCUGUACAUAAACACAGCUUUCAGCAUUAUUAUUUUUUUAAAUAACUGACAUGCAGUCGUAAAUGUAAGAGGAGAUUGAGACAAUCUGUAGACUUUUUUUUUUUUUUCCAUCAACAGAACCACUCAGGCCUUCAGCAAUGGAACACAUGUGUGAGUGUUUUGCUGUGCUAAAGGAGAAUGAAGUAACGGUGGUCAAACAGGGUUAGAAUUUGGUUUUUACACAGAAUGGGAGGUCAGAACGGGCAUUAAUAGUGUCAUUGAUGUGAAGUGGGCCAUCUGUUAUUUCCCCACUCACACCAACACCGCGUCCGUACCCAAACAGACUCUUUAACACAAAACCGGAAGCACAGCAGUGAGGCUUAAGACACUCGGCCCAGUUUUCUGUGAAGGUGACUUAGGUUUAUACACUAAGCGAGAAAAAAAAACUGAAGUUGUUUUUCAUUUCAACACUAAACAUGAAGCAAGAACAAAGCAUUUGGCAAUAGAGCUGGGCAACAUGGGGGGAAAGGUUAAAUAACUUUUAGCAAGACGUCUAACAAACAGUUCAGAUAAUUAGCUUAAACUCCACAUUGUUUAUUAUUCAUGUCAGAUAAUUGUGCGUCAAGCAGACUGUUUGUUUUGUAACUGGGACUCGGUCAUUUCUCCCCCAGGCUUUCAGUAUCGAUGAGGAUCAUCCUCCAGCUCUAGUCAAUAAUGUUGGCCUAAACUCUAAGACUUUGGUUUUUAUUUGAUAAAUAAAUAAAUGCUGUUUCAUGCACCAGGGGCCUCGUUUAUAAAACUACACAAUGUCAGAUUUUCACCUUUAAACUGAUUGUGAAUAUUUUUCUGUGCUGAAAGCUUCAUGUUGAGACGUCAUGCAGGUGUUUUUUGAAUUUUCUUUUUUGCCAUUGUAAUUGGUUCUGCACUGUUAUCAAUUGAAUGCACUAAUAAGGAGCAAAAUACCUCAUUUUAUACAGAAUCAGAUGCCAGAGUUUUAAUGUAAGUAAACUGAAUCAUGUUAAUGAACAGGACGUGACUAACAGCCUCCAAAAAGACAUACAUAAAGCUGUUGACGGGAGAAAAGCUGAGGCUUCUUCCUUUCCUGAAGGAAGAGAGAAGAAAUAACUUUUUAUAAUCCGAGCAAAGAGCAGCCAAAUGUUCAGCUAUACUGAAGUUUCAUUUUAAUCUAUUGUCUGUGGUUUGAAGCAGAUAUUUACAGGAGUGAGAAGUGUCCAUUACUUCUUACAGAAUGGCUUUAGAUACCAAAAUGUCUCUGCUGAUCAAUAUGUCACCAAGCUAUUCUUUUAAAGGCACAGACUCGGGCCCCUGGUUCUGCACAGUUCAGUAUUUUCCCUGCUGUAACACACCCAGUGAAGAGUGGGCUCAAGUGUGUUAGAGCAAGAGGGGGGGGGAAAAAAAAGGGACUACAGGAACCUGUGAUUUAAGGCUAUGCUUUAAUACACACUGGGGUGAGUCUGUGAACAAAUCCUGUGCCUGCUUUGCCAAAACCACCUAUGACACUCCUCAUAAAAGAAAAACUAUCACAUAUAUAUGCUAUCUAUCCAUCACAAACAGAUCAGAUCUUGCAAGAACUUCUGUACAUCCUUCUUGACAUGAGUUUAAUGGAGUGGACAAUACAAGCAAAAUCUCACCGUGCAUGUUUUGAGCUAACUGAGUCAGUGAUCCACUUAACAGUUUCUACUUGUUCUUCCUUUCUAUAUCUAUUUACACUAAAUCUUUAGUUACAUAAAGGCUGGAUAUUAAAAUGGGUUAAUGUGUGUAUAUAUGACCAAAACGUGUAAAUUAGCCCAACAUGGUGUGUGAAAGUAGACACGUUAUCUGUAACAAGCCUUAGACGAAGGAAGAAAAAUUCUGAUUAAAGAAAUAUGCACAGCAA